AUGCUCGGCGACGACGAGUCGUGNGAGCGUAAAUGGCCCAGUGGUAAGAGACGACCUAAGGAAGAGACUCCACAAGAAGAAGUCGUUCUCAAACCCGUACCAAAGCAAAAGGAACCUGAAGAAGAGAAGCCCGAGGAAGUCCAACUUAAACCAGUUAAAAAAGAGAAGCAAAUUGACGAUGUAACGCCUGAAGAACGUAAAUGGCCCAGUGGUAAGAGACGACCUAAGGAAGAAACUCCACAAGAAGAGGUCGUUCUCAAACCCAUACCAAAGCAAAAGGAGCCUGAAGAAGAGAAGCCCGAGGAAGUCCAACUUAAGCCGGUCAGGAAAGAUAAGCCCAUCGAAAAAGAUUCACAUAUAAUAGAAAAAGACAGUACAGAAUUAACUCCACGUAUCAUUCAGCCAUUAAAAGCCUUGAACGUGUUGGAAGGUGAAAAUUUUGAACUGGUUGUUACUUAUACACCAAGAGAUAAGAUUCCAAAAUGGUACCUCAACAACCAAGUUCUAGAAGAUAAUGAUAAUUUUGCUAUUACUACACAACAUGGGGCAUCUAGGUUGCAAGUAUACAAUGCCAAUAAAAAGAAAGUAGGAAAGUAUGAAGUUAUUGUUGAAAAUGACAAUAUUCUAGCAAAAACAGCAUGCUCUGUUAAAUUAACGAAAAAUAUAGAAGAAAAUACUGUCUUACCCCCCGUGUUUGUGCGAGCUCUACAGCCAAAUAAAGUUUCUUUAGGAACUAUUGUGCUUUUGGAAACCGAAGUUGUGUCGAAUCCCUGUGCUUCGUUCCAAUGGUUUAUUGACACUAAUGAAAUAAAUUCGCUUAUAAAACAAAACAAAUUAAGUAAUGUUUAUGUAUCUCAUAAUGAAAACGUUUCAUGUCUUUGUAUUGAAAAUAUAAGCAAAGAUCUGAUAGGAGUUGUAACGUGCCGAGCAGAAAACUUUGCAGGCUCUGUUUCUACAUCAGGAAGUUUGAUUUUAGAAGAACAAACUUGUAUAGAUGGGGAUGCUCCUUUAGUAUUAGCUCCCCUAGAAACUACGACUGUUAUGGACGGGGAACGGAUUUCGUUAAAUUGUAAAAUACUUGGUCGACCGUGGCCCAAAAUAGAUUGGUUUCAUAAUGAAAAACUUAUUGAAACAGCAAGAGACAUAACUAUUAGCCGACAAAAGUCUGGUCUUUGUGAAAUACAUAUAAAAGAGGCAUUCCCAGAAAUGGCAGGAAUUUAUAAAUGCACAGCAUCAAAUCAAUUCGGAAAAUGUAGCACGGAGUGCAUAUUAAAUAUAGAAGCUUACGAAUACGUUCCUAGUGUUUCAGAGGAAGAUGUGUUGAGUGACGAAAAAACGAGCGAUGUUGAAGAAUUUGCACCACGGAUAGUAAAGGCACUACCCACUGUGGUCACAACAACUGAAGGAAAAUUAAUAAGAUUGGAGGCGAAAGCUAUUGGCAUACCUAAACCACAAGUCAGAUGGUUAAGACAGGGUACCGAACUUCUUCAAUCUACUGAGUAUCAAAUUGAAGAAUUAGACGAUGGUACUUCUAUUUUAACAAUGCCAGAAGUUUAUCAAGACGACACAGGAGAAAUUGUCUUCGAAGCCUACAAUCAUCUUGGGGUAACAGCGACAAUUGCUGCGUUGUCGGUUGAAAGUAUUGUGGGAACACAAGAAUAUAGAAAGCCCGAAUGGGUGACACACAUGGAAGAGUUACAAGCAGCUUUGAAAGCAACACAAUCUGUGCCUACAUUUGUGAAGGAAAUUAUCCCAGAGCGAGUACACGAAGAAGAAAUAGUCACCUUCGAAGCGAUUUAUAGCGGAAAUCCAACGCCAGAAAUACUUUGGUAUAAAGAUAAUAAGGUUAUACGUACUGAUGAACGUUUCAUUAUUGAAAACAAAGAAAAUCGUACCACAUGCACAAUUAAAAAGGCAACCAAAGACUUAGAAGGCACAUAUACCUGUAAAGCUGUUAGCGACAUUGGUUUAGCAGUAACCAAAGCGAAGCUGCAAGUUUUCCAAAGAGGUUCCAAAAUUAAAAAAGGAAAAGAGACGAAAGAAAAAGUUACCAAGCAAAAAGUAAUUAAGAGUGAAGAAGAAUCUGUAGGUGUUGAAGAUACCCUUGAUUUUGCUACUGUUUCUGAAGUUCAAGCACUAGAUAAACAACAUUCUACAGACAAAGUAAAGAAAAGAAAAGCAAAGAUUGUCGUGAGUGAAUCUGAGCAUAUAGAAACUGAAGAUAUAGCACUACAAAAGAAAGUAGAUGAAAAAACAAAAGGUAUACCAGUCGAAGAAAAAGCAAAACCAAUUUUGACUACACAUGAACACGUAGUUUUAUCCGAACAACAAGAAGGUGAAUCUGUUGAACCGUUUGAUGAAUCCUACCAAACGCAGAAGGGUAUCAUUAAAAUGGUGGAAGCUGAUUCAAACCUUGUAGCUGAAGUGAAUGAGUUACUGGAAGUUAUUAACGCAAAAGAAUUUGGACCAGGAGAGACGCCUUUACGAGAGCUUGCUAAAAUUGGUUAUUUGUUAAGACGAGGUAUUACGAUUGAACAAAUAGAGAGUUUGUAUGAUUCACAAUACUUCCCUUCUCUUCUGAUUCCUCAGUCACAAUCAGCUCUAGUACAAUUAGUUGAAAGACAAGGUCACGGAGCGUUGAUCACUGAAGUGCUUACAGAAGAGACGGCACAAGAUGAAGAUAUUAUUGCCGCCAAAGUAGGUUUUAAAGCUUUCCUUAAAAUGGUCGAAAUGAAGCAUUCUUCUGUUGAGGAAGUUAUUGCUCAGUUUUAUCCAGAAGAUUUUAAGCCACGUUCCUGGGAACAAAGAGCAGCAAAUGAGGUUAUUGUGGAAGCGACUGCAGAUCAUGUAGUCGAAGCACACACCACAAAAGUCAUAAAAGAUUCAAGUAAGAGGAAAGAAAAAAUAAGCAAAGAUAAAACAAAAAUACAGAAAAAUAUUAUCGAAGAAAUUGUAAAACAAGAAGAAUCGAGUCAAAAAGCAUUAAAAAUAUUGAAACCUUUACUCAGUGAAGAUUGCAAUGAGAGUGAUGAAGUCCAAGAAAUUCACUCUGAAACUAUAAAAUAUAUUAAGGAAAUUGCCACGGAUAUACCUGAUACUAAAAUUGAAGUAAUUCCUGCUAAUGAAGCCAGUAACAUUUUACUAGAAAGACGAGAAGACGUUAAAGCUAACAUAAAAUUAGAUACUUCUUUUCCAAUUAUUGAAAAUGUGCAACUAAUUCAAGAAAAAGAAGAAUUUCUUCCAAUUAAAAAGUUUCCGCAUAGCAAAAUAAAGUCAACUGUGACAGAAUCUGAAUCGUUACAAGUAACAGAAGUAGAGCCAGCAGGAGCUAUAAACGAAUAUUUCCCGAAUUCGAGCAAUGCAACUGAAAACAUAGCUAACCGAAAAAUAAUUUUGUCGGAAAACAUUAUUACUUCCGAAACUCAUGCAGCUGGGAUACUGGAUGAUUUAGAUACUCAACAUGAAAAUAAGCGUAUGGAAACAGCAAAAUCUACUUUAAUUUUAAACAAUGCAGUAAACGUCUCUCAGCAUAUUUUACCCACUGAAGAAAGACCUUUAGAUGACUUGAAAAUUAAUGCAUCAAGUGCAGAGAUAGCAUUUUCUCCACUCAUUAGUUUAAAUGUAAUAGAAGUAAACGAAGAUAUGAAGGAAAAAUACCUGGAAACUCCCGAUAUUGAUAAAGGUCUGGUACCAAAUCUAAAUUUCAAUUUACUUGAGCCAAUUGAAGUAGGCGAAGUUUUUGUAGAAGACAAAUCAGGUAAAUACUACCCUGAACUAAUUGUACCAACGGAAACAGCCCGUAAAGAUGUUCUUGUAUCUAACCAACUCAUAACAGAAAUUCAUGAUGUCCAAGAGAAGGAAGGAAAUGUUUCAGAUUUGAAAGUACCUCCAAAACAGGAAGCUAGAGUAGAUAUAGCAAUAAAAGACAGCUUAAUUAUAUCAUUUGAAGAGCUAAAUGAAAAAGAAGGCCACCUUCCAGUACAGGAAAAGCCUAUACAACAAUCAGCCCUUAAGGAUGUAACUUUACAUUCAAGUCUUGGUAAUACUAUAACGACAACACAUAUUAAAGAAUCAGAUUUUGCUCCAUGUGAUACUCCUAGUAGAAAAGCAAUAAUAACCAUUAAUGAACACCUGCACCAAACUAAUUCUGAAACAACUACCGCUGAUUCAGAGACGAUACUUGAAAAAUCAAAACCUACACCUGAAAGUCAUGCCGACGUCUCUAUAACAGCAUUGGACAAAAAUACUGUAGAAGAAGUUGAUGUUCAUGAAAAAGAAUUUGAAUUAGUGAUUAAGGAGGACAAACAAAUGGUAAAAGCUGAUGUAGAUAUUAAAUCCAUUGAACCAAUUGUCAUGUCCGAAAUUUUACAUAUCACGACCACUGAUGAAAUGGCUAAGCCUCAAGUAGUGCCGGAAGAGACCGCAUCAAAAUCUAUCGAAAUGACCAAGGCUAAAAUAAUCACUAUACCUUUUAUACAUGAAAAGGAACAAAAUGAAAACUUUUUGUCCAAAAAACCCGAAGAAUUUGAUACAUCUUUGAUCCCAGUUAUGCCAAUUACAGUUUUAGAAACACAACUGUCAGAAUCGGAAAAUAAACUUCAUCUCAAUAAAAUUCCUAGUAUUAGUCGCGCGGAAUUUACACUCACUCAUCAACUUAAAAUUCCAGUUAAACAAGAAAUUAAUACUACUGAUCAGAUAGAUUUCAUGACUUUACCUAAAGAGAAUACUGGAACAGCAUCUAUAAGCAGAGAUUUACAAAAGGAAAUAGCUGUAAUUGAAACCACUGUAGAAGAACAAUUAAAUAAGUUAGAAGAAAAUGAAAUACAACAUAACAAAGUAAAAACUGGUUAUAUUAGUAACGAAAGCAUAAAUGUGACUGAAAUAAUACCAAAUAUUCAUGAAACAAAACUUACGAUAUCUGAGGAAAAAACAAAGCAGCUUGCUACUUUGGACAUUAACUCAGAUCAUAAAUUAGCAAUAACUUCGGAGAUAAACCUUAAAGAAAGGUUGGGAAACCUUAAGUCCACUAUAAUGGAAACCGAGGAAGCUAAUUUAAUAUCAACUCAUCUACAGUCCAUACAAGUACUUGAAAACAAUAUUUUGGAUAGUCAAUCUACAUUAGAAAAUGACAUCCACCCGUCCCCUAAAACAAUUUCCUCUGAGAUUGUUCCGUCUCAGGAAAUCCUGAAUAUUACGGAGAUUGUACAACAUGAAAAAGAGGAGGAGUAUGAAUAUUAUAAGCUGCCUGACACGUCAACUGCUAACCCUUUUAUAACUGGACACCUAGUUGCUGUUUCAACAGAAAUAUCACCGGAUGUAGACGUAGGUGACACCGAUAUUGUUGUAGAUGAUGUUAAAACAGCUAAUGUCAAAAACAUAGCUUUUAAUGAAAUUAUUAUCAGUACAGUUGAUUGGCAUGAAAAAGAAGAUGAAAUUAAAACAACAUCAACACCAACAACUGUUACAGCUUCAGUAGGAUUAAACUCAAGUCAAGCAUUACAAAUUGAUGAAAGAAGUACAGAAAUAAAGCCUACAUCACUCAUACAAAAUAAAUUACCUUUUGCAAAAGCAGAACAAGAUACUGUGAUAUCAGAAGCUUUAACUCAACAGGAAAUUUUGGUACAUUCCUCUGAAGGAAUACUUUCCGAUAUAAACAAAAACCAAAGCGAAAUGCCAGUUAUAUCUGUCAGCACACUACAUCUACCACAAUGUGAUGAGAAGACACUUAUUGAAACAGAAGACUAUUUAAGAGACACGAUAUCACCAGAAAUGCAGCAUGCUGCAGUCGCUUUUAGAUCCCAGCAAGGCAUACAAACAUCCGAAGUGCUAUCACAAUCACAAAGUCUUGAAGCAUCUCAAGAUUUUGAUAUGAAGUAUAAAAAUGCUGUAUCAAAAUUAGAUGAAAAUUAUGGCAAAAUUGCUAAUUCUGAAGAAUGUACUGUAAAUCAAUCAGUAGGAAAAUUGCUCGAACCAGCUGUGAAACCGCAACAUUCUGACUUAAACGCAAUCUGUGAAAAUGCCCUUGAAAGAACCGAAAUUAUUUUUGGGGAACGUGAGAGAGAAUUAGAUUUAUGUAAGCCAUUAGCUUCCAAUAUUACCCCUCAUAUUACAGAAAUCCAUGCAGUUGAGACAAACUCUACAAUUAUAGCAGAAAAAGAACAAGAGUUAGUUUCACAGAAAGCACCAAAUGUUUUAGAAGCUUUUAUAGAAGUAGUUCCGCACCAGAGUGCUAUCGGCAUGGAAGUAUUAGCCUCGGGGAAUAUAAGCAAAUUGGAAAGUAAAGACACAAAGCUUGUAAGUGCAGAAACAACGCAGGAUAAUUUACAAAGCUAUGUUCAAGAAGAGAUAGUACACGGAGAAAAAGAAUUUGAAUUUGUGGAUACUAAGACAAUAACUGCAAAUGCUUCAGAAAUAAUUAUACAAGAAAAGGCAAAGGAAACUUUAGAAGUUCAACCAAUGGAAGCCGAAAAAGAUCUUCGAGCAGCAAUUCUAGAUUCCGAAGUCAAUGCCAAACUUGCUUUUAAUGAACAGCAAUCAUUACAAGAGACAGAAAUAGUUUCAAGUCAAGAAAGUCAGAGCUUUAGUAUUUCAGAUAUUAAUUUAGUAAACGUAUCUACUGGUCACGAAAUGCAAGAAGCAAUAAAAGAAUAUGAGUUAUUCAUUGGAGAGGUAGAAAAUACUUUUACAAUACCGACUGCGGAUGAGAAAAUUGGUACUGGUACGGUUGAAGAACAAAAACCUUUGAAUAUAACUGUAAUCAUUGCAAAUGAAAAAGAAAACACAAUACAGGAUACUCCUGUAGUUAAAAAAGAAACAACACAGCUUAUUAUUAAUGGUAAAAACUACGUCGAUGUAACAGAGGUAAUGUUUUCUGAAAAAGAACAAACUUUUCAUACUCACAAUAAUUUAGUAGAAGACAAAUCAGUGGCACCAAAAACUGAUAUAAUUUUAAAAUCCAGUAUAAAUAUUAACGAAACAAAUGCAACAGAAGGCGAUGUUCCAUUUGAAUCAGAUAAAAUCCAAUAUUUUGAAGCUAGCACAGAUAUUCACGCUAACGAUCACCUACAGAUAUCAGAAAACAUAACAGUUGAAAAAGAAAUAGAAAUAAAGCCGAUGCUUUUCCCAAAAACGACUCUUAGCGAAUUCAAUAUUAGUCCACAUAUGCAUUUAAAUGUUGAAAUUCACCAAUUUAAUGAAAAUGAAGAAGCACUUGAAGAAACGGAAAUCGUUAAACAGGUAAAAAGUGAUGUUUCGUUACAGACAUUGAAACAUCUGGAAGUUAGUGAGAUUAAUUUCGGAGAACAGUCAGAAAAGUUAUUACAAGAACAAAAAUCGAAAGAUGCUAGCCCACACAUUGGUAUCGAAACUGGAGAGCAUAUUUUAAUUACUGAAACGAAUAUUCAAGAAUCUGAAUCUACGUUGCAUAGAAAUACAUCCAAUAUGUGCAAGCAAGGCAAUUUUUCUGUUGAAAGUAUAUUACCCCUUCAAAUUGAAGAGGCAAUCGUUAAGGAAAAAGAAGGCAACUUGGCGGAGUUUGUGAUAAAGACAUCUGAAAAACCUGAAGUUACCAUCAAAACUCAAAAUUAUUUAGUAAUUUCCAAUGAUAUAAUUAGGGAAUGUGGACGAAAUAUGGAGGAUAGCCUAACUAUACCAUCCUUAUCUUCUCAACAAGGUGUUGAAAUAAAUCCAGCUACACACAUCACAGUAAGUGAGAUGGUUCCUGUUGAAGGUACUGUUAGGUUUGCUGACACAACUGACACAAAUACAGAAACUAAGGCAACUCCCAAGCAAGUGGUUAAUACUGAGGUAGUUAACAAUGACCACCAAACUAUCGAAACUGUUAAUAAGAUCGUCCCUGACUAUAUGACAGAAAAUAACAAAGCUCAGGUAGCAAUAGAAGCACAAAAAAGCAUUGUAACUUCUGAAGAUUACCCUCAAGAAACCUCAGGACAAAUCUUUACUACUACAGACAAUAAUUUCAAACAAGCUGCUCUAAAUAUAAUUGAAAUGAAACAUGUUCAACAAACAGAAAUUCUGCUUCACGAAGAAAUAGGUAAGUUCGCUAAAAAUCAUGUUGAUAAUAUACAGAAGGCAGACGAAAGUCACAUCAUACUAUCUGAAAUAACUCAAAUAAAACCAGAUGUGAUAGAUGACUUACGUGACAUGUCUUCCGCAAUAAAACCUCAAGUUGGAGAAGUUUCAUUAGAAAUUGAGGCACAUAGAUGCUACGAGACGACAGAAAACAUAGCUCACGAAACAUCGUACUCCAUAACGCACGAUAAAAACAUAACCAAACAAGUUUCUGAAUCUGUUUUAGAAGUAAAACCCUUAGAACAAACAGAAAUAAUAACAAGUGAACAUACCGGGACUAUAACAGCUAAUUCAGUUGAAACACAAACAGUUACAUUAAAAUCAAUAGAAUUACAACCACUGAGUCAAAGUGAGGUUUUAGUCAAUGAAUCCGAAACGAAUUUAAUAGACAUUGACAGAAAGCUUUCACUAAAGGAAAAUGCUACUGUCAACUUUAACACUGCGCAAGGCUUAAUUGUAGAUCAGGUUCUAAAUGAGGAGAUUCCGUACGAUUUUCGACCGAGUAAUAAUAAGCCAUUGGUAGCUCAGCAUAAUAUAACUCCAUUAACACACAUCGAAUGUUCAGAAAACAUUGCGGAGGCACGAACUAAUCAAUUCACCUCUGAUAAAGUACAUCUUCAAACACCAAAAAUUAAAUCAACCGAAAUGAUACCCUUAAUAAUAACUGACACUCAAAGUAUGCAAAUGGAAACAGAAUUUAAGUCAUCAAAACCAGAAGAACAAAAAAUUAGAGAAAAUUAUAUUAUUGCUAACGAAACAGAAGUUAUUUCUGAGUAUUUUAAUGAACAAACGGCUCCAUGCUUUUAUGAACCAGUCGAUUUAUUAAGAGAAGCAGAUGAAAAAAUUCAACACGAUCAAUCAAAUCGGGUUCUUAUCACAGAACAAGAUGGGCUUGUUGAUGACAAACUCGAGAGAAUUUCAAUAUCUUCACGAUCUGAUGUUGAGGAAACGGAAGAAAUAAUCACUAAAUUUGUUCAAACACCUGGCUAUAGUGAGCCUCAACAAAUUAAAACUAAAAGAACCAUUCUCCGAAAGAAAAAGAGGGUUGGCGAUGAAACAGGCGACGUCGUCAUUGAAGAGACAUUAGACGACGAAGAUCUCAAAAAAUCAAUUAGGAAAACAAAACAUGAUCUGAAUAUUGUUGAAUAUGAAGGAGAUGAAUCGCAAAUAAUUGAUGACUCAGAAAAAAGUAAAAUUGAAAUGCCAGAUGAAUUUCUACACAUACCGAAGAUGGCAACACAUCUAAUAAUAGAAGACGUAACUGAACUCACUGAAACACUAAAUGAGGUACUUCAAGAAUCUGCUAGAAAAGUACACAUCACGGAAAAGAAACCGGAAACAGAUGAUGUUCAAACCGUUAAAUCAACUAAGCGCCUAAUCAAAAAGAAAAAGGGAUUGAAUGAGGAAGUAACCGAAAUCACCACAGUGCAGAAAGACGACGAGACUCCUAUCAAGACGAUCACUGUGAUAGAAGAAAUUACACCCGAAGAAAGCAAGCCAAAAGAAGUUAUUGAGCUACCUGAAGAGGUAACAGUUGAGGACAGUAAGACACAAGAAGGUAAGCCAAAACAAAAGAAAAUCACAAAGCGUACUAUUAAAAAGCGGGUAGGGCCUAAAGUCGAAACUACACAAAUCACCACUGAACAAGAAGACGAUAAAGAACCUAUAGUUUCUAUUCAAACCACAGAGGAACUCAUAGAUGAUUCAACUACACCACUCUCAGACAUCGAACCUGAUACCGCUCAGGUCGUCGAAGAAACCCCAGAGACAGUACAAAUUACACAAGUCAAAACUGAAACAGGCGCGGACCAAACUGUCAAAACAACUAAGCGCGUAAUCAAAAAAAGAAAAGGAUCGAAAAAUGAAGUCACCGAAAUCACCACAGUCCAAAAAGACGACGACACCCCGCUAACGACGGUCACUGUGGUAGAAGAAACUACCCCUGAAGAGAGCAAGCCAGAAGAAAUCAUGGAGUUGCCUGAAGAGGUAACAGUUGAGGAAACUAAGACGAAAGAAGGUAAGCUGAAACAAAAGAAAAUCAUAAAGCGUAUUAUUAAGAAACGGGUAGGGCCUAAAGUUGAAACAACACAAAUCACUACUGAACAAGAAGACGACAAACAACCAGUCGUUUCUAUUCAAACCUCAGAGGAACUCAUAGAUGAUACGACUACACCGCUCUCAGAAAUCACUCCAGACACUGCUCAGGUCGUUGAAGAAACCCCUGAGAAAGUACACAUUACACAAGUCAAAACUGAAACCGGCGAUGUCCAAACCGUUAAAACCACUAAGCGAAUAAUCAAAAAGAGAAAAGGACCUAAGGAAGAAGUCACCGAAAUCACUACAGUCCAAAAAGACGACGAGGCCCCUGUGACAAGUGUUACUGUAGUAGAAGAAACUACCCCCGAAGAGAGCAAGCCAGAAGAAGUUGUUGAGUUGCCUGAAGAGGUGACUGUUGAGGAAACUGAGACACCGGAAGGUAAGCCAAAACAAAAGAAAAUCACAAAGCGCAUUAUUAAAAAGCGGAAAGGACCUAAAGUCGAAACUACACAAAUUACAACUGAGCAAGAAGACGACAAACAACCAGUCGUUUCAAUUCAAACCACAGAGGAAGUCGUAGACGACACGACUACACCACUCUCAGAUAUUACACCAGACACUGCUCAGGUCGUUGAAGAAACUCCUGAGAAAGUACACAUUACACAAGUCAAAACUGAAACCGGCGAUAUUCAAACCGUUAAAACCACUAAGCGAAUAAUCAAAAAGAGAAAAGGACCUAAGGAAGAAGUCACCGAAAUCACCACAGUCCAAAAAGACGACGAGGCCCCUGUUACAAGUGUUACUGUAGUAGAAGAAUCUACCCCUGAAGAAAGCAAGCCGGAAGAAGUUAUUGAGUUGCCUGAAGAGGUGACUGUUGAGGAAACUGAGACGAAAGAAGGUAAGCCGAAACAAAAGAAAAUCAUAAAGCGUAUUAUUAAGAAACGGGUAGGGCCUAAAGUUGAAACAACACAAAUCACUACUGAGCAAGAAGACGACAAACAACCAGUCGUUUCAAUUCAAACCACAGAGGAACUCAUAGANAUCAGAUCCAAUAACCUUUUACGAAUUGUGUUUCCUGCGAAGCAUCUUGUAGUGGGACCUGUGAUAGAGAAAGGGGUAAUUAACGUGGCACCAUAA